AUGCCUCGUCAACGUCGUGGUGCCGCCCCUACCCCUGCGCGCAGCGCUCCCACCCGCCCUACCGCCGCUCCUGCUCGGCCCGCGGCUGCUCCUACACAGCAACAGUCGCAGCCUCACUCGACCGCUGCCCACCCCCCACAGGCCCAGCAGGCUCCUCCCGUUCAGCAGAGCGCUGGCCCUGGUCUGUUCGGCCAGAUGGCCUCGACCGCUGCUGGUGUCGCUGUCGGUUCCUCUAUCGGCCACGCUAUCGGUGGCUUCUUCGGCGGUGGCUCCAGCGCCCCCGCCGAGGCCCAGCAGGCUCCCCCUGCUCAGGCCCAGGCCAUGGACAACGGCCUCUACCAGAGCAACGCUGCCCAGACUUCCUACGAGAACCCCGCCUGUGAGGUCGAUGUCCGCAACUUCCGCACAUGUAUGGAUGAGAACCAGGGUAACCUCGGCAUCUGCGGUUGGUACCUUGACCAGCUGAAAGCUUGCCAGGCUGCCGCUAAGCCUUACUAA